AUGAAGACAACAAAUUCGACUCCUUUUGCUUUUUAUUCUCGCCAGGCUAUUGAAACUAUUUCACACGAGAUGAAAAGUGACUUAAAUAUAAUUGUUGACGACAAAACUUACCCUGUUCGCUCUUUUGUUGCCGCGAAUUUUUCAAAAUUAGUAUUUCAGAGAACAUUAGAAGAUAUAUCGGUGCAAAAAAUUGUACUAAAGACAAAAGGAGACUUUACAACAACACAUGAAUACUUACAAGGCAAACAAGUUCAAAUUACAGAGAAAAAUUUUCAAGAAACUUUUGAGUUUGCAUGCGAAUUAAAUAUCAACUCGUUAGCAAAUUUGACGUACGAAAUAAUGAUCGAGAAGUCAGAACCAUUUACUUUACUUAGUAAUUUAAUACAAUGUUAUAAUUCAAAUAUGGAUUGCGAAUAUCUUGCAAAUGCAGUUGCUGAUAAAUUUAACGAUAUUAAGCUACUAUUGGAAGAUCUACCUUGCUAUGUUUUAGAAUUAAUUUUACAAAAUCCACAAGUUCACGAAUUAGAAGAGCAAAUUGCAGAUGUUAUCUUAAAUUACCAAUGUCCUAUACAUCAAAAGAAAUGCUGGCGUGUCUGGCAGUACUUGCCUUUUGAAUUAUUCGGUGAUGAAAAAUUUAAUUCAUUACUUACAGAUAAAACACUUAAUUUCAAUGCUAUUCGCUCUAUUCUUCUUAGAAAUAGAAAGGAAUUGGCUAAAAAAAAGAAAGAUAGCUUGAUUUCCGUAUUUCAUCCAGCAAUUUCAAUGGAUGGAAUAAUACAAAAUGGAAAUGCGCCACUAGUGUGCUCAGAUGAUGCUUACUCUAUUUAUUACUCUGCUACAAAUGUUUUAUUAAAAGAUGAUUCUUAUUUCUGCAGCAAAGAAGGUCCACAAGCCACGAUUUACUUCAAUUUCUCACCUAAUAAGAUAGAACUUACCCAUUACGCACUCCGUUCAUGGAGAAUUGGCGCGAAUGGCGUUUGUCCGAAAUCUUGGACUGUUUCUGUCCAAAUUGAUGGCAAUUGGGUAGAAGUUGAUAAGAAAAUUGAUAACACUGAACUCGUAGGGAACUCAAAACUCGUGUUAUUUGAGCUAAAAUACCAAUCUUCCCCAACAUCUAACAUUAGGAUUACUCAGCUUGAUUCAAAUAACCAGGGAAAUAGAAGAUUUGCUUUAUCUUGUGUUGAAUUCUUUGGAACACUUACUAUUUCUAAAUAA